AAUGAGCCACAGCGCAUCCAAAGGUCACUGCCGAGGUGCGACCGCUCCCAGUCCCUGCUCCGAACGCGCGGCGAAGCAAGUCGCCCUACAACCCCAAGGCAACGAUGCGACUCAACUGGCCACUUCUGCUGUGGGUCACGUGUGCGUGCGGCGGCGUGGCAUCAACUGCGACGGGCACCAGCACACGUACAUUUGCCCCAACCACGGAAGCCACAACCAAUACCUUUGCUACAAGCUCACAGAUCACCACACCCACACCACGUUCACCUGGCAGCUCCACCAACAACCCCACAACAAGCAUCACCACAAUCACCACCACCACCACCACCACCACGGCUAACACCAACACCAUCUCCACCACUUUGACCGAGACCACAUCCGCUAGCUCCCCCCCUACCACCACCACUACGGGCACAACUAAAACCACCACCGGCCCAUCUAGGGCCACCACUGGCACAACCUCUACGGGCAGCACCGUGACCUCGACGACGGCGAACUCCAGCAAGGCGGACCACAUGCCCGUGCCACUCAACGGAGGUCAGGUGGCCUCCAUCGUGACCGUGAGUCUCUUGGUGGUGGCGCUCCUAGUCACCCUGGGGCUCAUUUACCACGAACACUGCCGACGACGGGUAUACGCCCAGCCAACCCAGGCUUUUGCCAACUCCGUCCUCGACAUCGGAAGCUAUGAAAAUCCGCUGUACGAGAACGACUUAAGAUGAAGCCUCUUCCGACACCCCGCGUUCGUGCACUCAUCAGGGGGUCCAACUCAUCACGCGUCACAGUUAGGGGUCAUAAGCCCCUGUAGCAGAAGUUAUGGUCCCAGGCUGUAACGCAUUUCCAGGAUGUACAAGUUGUUGCAAUAUUGCCCGAAUAAGCGACAUUUAUUUGGAGAUGAUUUUUUUUUUAUCUUAUUGGACCGGUGUGCGAUGUGUCUUCGGGUUGUGCCGCGUUUUUUUUAAUGAUGUCCGACGUUUUGCUCCGCGUGCUGGGAAGUUCUUCUUCAUCUGCUUCUUCCGUUCCCGGAGAUAAUCUCUCGGGCACGUGCAGUGAAACGUCGGACGUCGAGCAACAGCAACGGGCGACGGCGAGCUGCAGUGGCACUUGCACUGAUUUAGUCAAACGAGGCGGUACCCCUCCUCAUUAAACGACACAGGGAUCCC